UUCGGCAAAAAUACCAGCCAAGAGAACAAAAUAAAUUUUAGGAAUUUUAGAAAUCCAUAAUUUUUACUAGUGCAGUGUUUUGAGGUCUAAGCAGAUUAAAUGUGCAAGUGCAAAUUCUUCCAGUAAAAUCGCGAGAUGCGGUUAAGUGUAGUGGAGUUGGCAUUGAUUUGUACAUUUACAAUCUUACAAUCGACUUACUGUGCGCAGAAUGCUACAACCGAACUCUAUCCAGCCAUACCGAAAAACCCGCGGUUUUUUCGAAAGCCAAUAAAGAGUUGCGUUUGUCCAGCAGGGCCUCCGGGAAAGGCAGGACUACCUGGAAAGCCAGGUAUCCCUGGUGCUCCGGGAACUCCGGGCAAAAAAGGGCGACGUGGUGCAAGUGGUGAACCGGGACUGCGGGGAAAACCUGGUCCUAAUGGAUUAAAUGGUAAAAUUGGUGCAAUAGGACCGAGAGGUCCGCCAGGGUUUCAAGGUGAAGUGGGAGAGCGGGGAUCACAAGGACCACGAGGUGGUCCUGGUAUAAUGGGACCACGUGGACCGCCAGGCUUAAAGGGACCAACCGGCCACGAAGGGGCCCAGGGAGAGAUUGGACCACAGGGCCCGAUGGGUGCAACAGGACACAGGGGAAAACGUGGUGUACCAGGAUCUCCCGGAGAAUACAAAGUAUUUCCAUCACUGGCGAUACCGACUACUGUUGAAACGACUACAACCACUACUACUUCCACUACCACUACCGAGAAACCGAAUAAGAGCGACAGUGAUGAAAGUGCCCACAAACCACAUAAGAAACCCCAAAAACCCCACAAACCACAUAAACCGCACAAACCUCAUCAUCACCACUAUCAUCAUAAACCAAGUCCCACGGAGCACGUUGCGCCUACGUUCGUAUUUGAACCUAAUUACCCUAUACAAGAACCUGCCACGCACAGUGAAGCUGGAGUGAAUAAUGUGGUUUCGACGGGCAUUGGUGCUUCAGGCGCAAGUGGAGCCGGCGGAGAAUUUAUUAGUCCAACAUCUCCAAGUUCGCCAAGCGCGGCAACAACUCCUGAAGAGCCUUUCAUUCAACUAAUUCCCGAUAAUAAUUUACAAAAGCCUUCAACAAAUGAAAACGGUGGUUUACAGGUAAACGUGCCUGGGCAACCAUAUGAACCAGUACCAGAUAUUGUCCGUCCAAUUUUACCUAGUUUACCAACACUUCCUCAUAAUGGACAAACUGCUGAACCACAUGAACCGCAAGGGCCUGGUGAACCGAUUUCUGCACCUGAAAACGAAUUUAUACCAAUCACCUUGCCAACAGCACAUUCAGAAUUAUUACCUGAUGGCGGGGAGCCUUUUAUUCAGCCUGUUCCCGACGCACAACCUACCGGCAUAGAUCAUAAUCAUAAUUCAUGGGAAACCUCACCAGGAAGUCAAGGACUGCCCAUUGUUCCCGAAUUGUCAACCGCACACGGAGCGGAGCCAGUUCCAGGUAAACCUGUAACACUUCAUCCUUUUGUACCACCGCAUUCACAUAUACAGCUUCCUGGAGGGUUGAACAGGCCUCCUCAAAAUAAUUUUUCAAACCAUCCGCCCUUUAUUAUUGAUCAUAAUCACCCGCACCAGCAAAUAUUCACCCCUGGAGGGAUGAUAGAAUCUGGGAAUAUAUUUAUUCCAGCUAAUGAAUUUGGUGAGCCUAUUUCUGGAACACCCGCACAACCAACGUUGAAUAUUUCGGAAACAUCAACUGAACAUAGUGUUCUACAUCCAACGCAUUUACCAACAACCUGGAGACCAAUCGUUGAUGUUGCGGGAGCUCCAGCACAUCAUCCCACCUACGUUACAGAGGCACCAUAUUUACCGAGUUCACCUGGCCUACCUAUUAACCCAAUUCAACCUCAUCCAAGUGAACCUGGCCAUACUCAGCAAAUUCUUCAUCCAAGCGAAGUUAAUCACAAUUACCAUCCGCCCCAUUCGUCUGGAACGAAUCAUCACUAUCAGCCUUCCCAUCCAACUGAGAUUAAUCACAAUCAGCACCCUCCUCAUUCAACCGUAACUAACCACAACAACCAUCCUCCUCUUCCAACCGAAACCAAUCACAAUUACCAACCUCCCUCCUCCACUGGAACGAAUCACAACUACCAACCUUCUCAUCCAACUGAAAUCAAUCAUAACGGGCAGCCUCAUCAUUCAAAUGGAACUAAUCAAAACUACCAUCCUCCUCAUCCCACUGAAACUAAUCACAAUUACCAUCCUUCCCACUCGACUGGAACGAACCACAACUAUCUGCCAUCUCAUCCAACUGAAAUCAGUCAUAACCAGCAACCUCCUCACACAACCGGAACUAACCAAAAUUACCAUCCCCCUCAUCCCACUGAAACUAAUCACAAUUACAAUCCUCCCCACUCUACUGGAACGAAUCAAAACUAUUUGCCGUCCCAUCCAACUGAAACUAAUCACAACCAGCAACCUCCUCUUUCAACCGGAACUAACCACAACUACCAUCCCCCUCAUUCGACUGGGACAAAUCACAACUACCAGCCUUCCCAUCCAACUGAAACUAACCACAAUCAGCAUCCCCCUCAUUCGCCUGGAAUUAACCACAACUACCAUCCUCCUCAUCCAACUGGAGCUAACCACAACUUCCAGCCUCCUCAUUCUACUGGAACGCACCACAAUUAUCUACCUUCCCAUCCAAUUGAAAUUAAUCACAACCAGCAACCGACGCAUUCAACUGGAACUAACCACAAUUAUCCCCCCUCUCAUCCAACGGGAACUAACCACAACUACCAUCCUUCUCAUUCGACUGGAACCAACCAUAACUACCCCCCUCCAUCUCCAUCUGGAACUAAUCACAACUACUACCCUUCUCAUUCAACUGGACCUAACUAUCAACCCCAUCAACCUUCUUAUCCAAGUCAACCUACCCAUCCAGAACAACCAACACAACCUCUUCACCCAUCCCUUCCGAGUCAACCGACCGCCCCAAAUCAGCCCACUGUGCCGAAUAAUCCUGCCCAUCCAGAACAGUCCACUCAUGCAACCCAACCGACUGAACCACAUCAGCCAAUCAGUGAAACUCCCGAACAUCUAAACCCGCCAACUAAUCCUAGUCAUCCAGAACUGCCUUUUGAGCCAACGACAAUAUGGGAGCAGGGACCCUCUGCACCAGCUUUGCCUGUUGAUCUAAACAUUAUCGAAGGAACUGCUGCAGAACGACCUAAGACCACAUAUGCUAAACCGCCAUCAAGGCCAACGCGACCAUGGCAUCCAUCAAAACCUCCAAAUUUUGGAAUACCAGCAACAAAUCAUCCCGGUAACCCACAGGGGCAAGAACCUUUUAUCACCUAUCCGAGUACGCCCACUGGCAUUGAAGAACAAUUUGUGUCAUUAGAGCCAACAAAGCACACUACCAUAAAGCCACAGGUUCCGCAAGAACCCGCAUUCAAUGUUGAGGAGGUUGUUAAUAACCCUGCCCAUAACAACAAUCCGAGUUUGCCGGAAGAGGUUUUUUUGCCGACUGGAACUAAUCUUAUUAAACCUUCAAAAGAACCAGCUUUUAAUAUAGAGGGCAUUGUACCUAGUAUUGCGACAGUUGCAGAAGUUGAGCAACCUAAUAAUCCGCUAGAGCCGCCAGCUAGUUUGCCAGAAAUACCAACCUUACCGGAGGAACCUAUACAUAUUCCUUCCGGCACUAACGAACCACCGUCUGGUACUACAGCGCCCAGCGAACUUACACAUCCUUCGACUCCAUCAGAACCUACUGCACCACUUAGACCUGACACUGACAUUAUCUAUAAUCCGACAGCACCAGACUAUGAGGAAGUACUGACUGAACCUGCUCCUACUAAGAAACCGCAAUCCACAACGGAACCACCAUUCGUAGUUGACAAUUUCCUUCCAUCGCAGUCCCAUAAUCCAUCACAACCGGGUAAUAUAAAUACUGUAAUAAAUCCAUCACCACCUGCGUAUCCAACUUUUCCAAAGCCCCUUCCAACUGAACCACCUUUUGUCAUCAAUCCUGAACCCAAUGUAGAACCUUCUUUACCUACUCAUCCUUCUCAGCCUGAACAACCGAUACCAAUCCGACCUGAAGAACCGACGUAUCCAUCGCUAACGCAUCGUCCAAUUGCACCACCAAAUCCGGCGCAACCAUCGAAUAAUGUUCAUCACCCCAGCAGUAACAUACCAGAGAUUAUCACCUUCCCUGACGGAAAUGAAAACAAUGAGCAAAAAGAGCCUACAACUCCCAAUAAUCCACAGGGUGUCAGUCAGCCUAGUCUUCCUGAAGAGGAAUUUAUUCCAGUCGAAACUGCAAGUAAACCAGCCACGAAUGAGCCCGUUUAUAUAAUAGAUCCUAGUCAGCCAUCCCCCAGCAACAUUCCACCAUCAACCGAGCCUUUCUACGGUGAGAAUGGACAGCACAACAGCGUUCCUCCACAUGAGCCAAGUAUACCUAAUGGAGUUGAAGCACCUUUUGUUCCACCCGAUGAAAUAGAUCCGGACAAUAAUGAAGAUAAAGAGGAAAUUCCUGUGUUCAUAGAAAUUGAUGGCGAGGAAGAUCAUGAUAACCAGCCUGAGGAGCUUCAAAUAUUAGAACCCGAUAAAGGCGAAGAGGAAAACCUAGUUGAUAUUGGCGGAGAUAAAGAUAACGAACCAUCUAAUACAAUAUUUAUCCCCAAUCCUCCUGUUACAAAUAGACCCGUCCGUCCAGUAUAUGUUUACAGACCACCUAGGCCAGGACAGCGUCCACAGAGACCAGGACAACGACCACCAUUCCGACCGAAUCGACCAGUACGACCAAACAGGCCAUACAGACCAUUCCGACCUCAAAGACCUAUUCGACCUGCAAGUGAAGAGGAGGAAGAAGAGGAAGAAGAAGAGGAGCCAGAAGGAGGGGCUGCAGAAGAGCCUGAUACUGUAGAAGAACCAGGAAACGGGGAAGGCGAGGGAGGUGGAGAGGGUGGAGAGGGUGGAGAUGGUGAAGAACCUGAUGGAGGUGGAGCGGAAGAGCCAGAUACUGUAGAAGAAGCAGAAAAUGGAGGUGGUGAUGGGGGAGGGGAGGAUGGUGAUGGGGAGGAACCUGAUGGAGGCGGAGCGGAAGAGCUAGAUACUGUAGAAGAACCAGGAAAUGAAGAAGGCGACGGGGAAGGGGAGGGUGGAGGCGGUGAGGGACCUGACGGAGAUGGAGCAGAAGAACCGGACACUGUAGAAGAACUAGGAAAUGGCGGCGAAGGUAACGGAGAUGGCGAUGGGGAUGGAGAUGGAGAUGGAAAUGGAGGUGGUGACGGUGACGGUGACGGCGACGGCGAUGGUGGGGGAGAAGCAGCGGAGGAACCUGAUACCAUCGAAGAACCAGAAAACUUGGGGGAGAAUGGCGGAGAGGGCGAAAAACCUGUCGCUGUUGAAAUAACGCAUCCUGUUAACACUCAAAAUGGGAAUAACGAAAAAGAAGAUUACGACUAUCAAUAUGAGGAUAUUGACAAUGAAUUGGGUGAUUACGAAGAAGAACAGGGCGGCGGUGACAACAUAGAUGUCAAUGUGGAUACCGACACAGAUACAAACAUCGAUACUAAUGUUAAUGAAAAUGGUGAAAAUAAUGAAGACAAUAACGAUUACGCUUAUUAUGACUAUGAAGAAGAAAACGUGGAUAACAAAGAUAAAGAAGAUGAAACUGAGGGCACAGAACAGGAAGAUCCUAACACUACCCAUAAACAUAAAAGUAAUGAGAAUAAAGAUAAAAAUAAGGACAAAGAUACUGACAAAGACAAGGAAAAUAACAACAACGCACCUGAAGACUAUGACUUUGAGUAUGAUAACGAUAGUGCUGAAAAUGAAACCGCUGCCGAAGACGUGGACGGGAACAAUGAAUAUUAUGUAGACAACAACUUUGGUAACGAGACAGAAAGCGGCAUAGACGAUGAUGACAACUAUUAUGACUAUGACGAUGACAGCAACAUGCAAAAACCUGACGAAAGUGAAAAUCAGGCUCUUGAUCUUAAUAUUACAACCACAACGUCGAGUACAGUCAUUGAAUCCACUGAGCCCUUCUUCAAUACAUUCCCCGAGAUUUCAACCCACGCACCUGGGGCCAUCGAAAGUUCAGAAGUUAUAAAUACAGAGUCCCCAGUAGCAUCAUCAACUACUGGCGAAACUACUCACUACAUUCCAAAUUCAACUUCAGUUUCGGCUCCGACGACUCCGGUGCCUAUAACCUCGUCCUUAGCAUCAACUACAACCAAAGCACCUUCUAGGCCAACAACAAUUACGUCUACUACAAUACGUCCUACAGUAACUCCCCUUAGACCCGUUAAUCCUAGACCCACUCGUCCUUUACGACCACGUCCAACUCGACCUUUCCGGCCCACCCGACCUCGCCCCGUUCGCCCUACUCGCCCGCGACCCUCAUCAGAGGAAGCAAAAACAAAGAUAUCGACUAGACUGCCAACAAGGACUUUUACAACAGUACCGACAAUGACACUGACGACGACACCACCACUGAGUCUUCCGGCAAGUAUGCUCUAUCAACUGAUACGGGACACCUUCUAUAUUAGAAGGCCUAGCGUCAAACCAAAGAUUGAAUCAGAAGGAUUUUUUGCGGCUCCACAAUUGAUAUCACGAAAAACUGAAUACGAAAGCUACCGCUCUGGCGAGAGUCAUUAUAAAGGACAUCACAAGGGACAUCACAAAAGCCAUCACAAAAGUCACCACAAGGGACAUCAUAAGGGACACAAGCACCGAAAGAGCAGUUCAAACCAUAGCUCGAGAAAGCGGCAUAGGCACAAACAUAAAAAUCACAAUAAACCGGCCGUUGUAAUUUUUGAUUAGAUACCUUAGCAAUAUCACUGUUUUCUUUAGCCUUAAGAAUCAACUUCGAGAAAUAUAAA